AAUUGUGUUAACAAUUGUUUUUUUAUAAUAAUCAGUUAACAAUUUAUAUUUAAAUUUCUAUGGGAAUAUAAUAAUGACUUUAAUAAAUGGAAUAUGCAAUUUCAAAUAAUGAAGUGAAUGAAAGUACAAUCGUAAUUAUUCUACCUCAACUGAACGGAAUUCUUCUUAUGUCUAGAAGUGGUAACAUCAGGGAGGGUAACCGCAUGACGGCGCCACGAGAGCGUCGCGACGCGAGCUACGGUCGUCAGGCGGCGCCGGUCGUUCGUCACGAAACGAGGCGGGGUUGCAGAAGUUCUCGUAUGAAAGAAAGAAAGAGGCAGCCAAUUCUCGUGAUGUGAACUCGAGCAAAAGAGAAAGAACUGAGGAGAAUCGUGAACAGAACGGUGUAAGACAUACGGCGAAACUAGCGCCUCUGUUUGUACGCUCUCUUUGUUACUUUUGUAUCUAUCGGCUUAUGAAAGAGAGACAGUUUUCGGAAUUAAAUGCCAAGUCGUGACAACGUAUCUCCUCGAUCCUUUCGUUAACUACUCCCAUCUUUUUUUCUUUUUCUUUGCACAUAUACUCUUUCUCUUUUUAUCCUGUUCAAUUUUAUAUCCUUAUAUUAGUGUUUGUCAUUCAAAAUUCACAAAAUCCAAAUCUGUUACUAUCGGUUUUCUAUGGUGAUAUCACGGUGUAGCAAGAUCCAAUUGACAAAGAAGAAAAUUUGUGCAUGAAACAAUAUAAAUGUAUAUGAACAUCAUGUGUGCUUUUCUUACACAUAUAUGUAUUACAUCGGUACGAGGUACGAUAGUGUCUCGUCAUAGAUCUCUUUUAAUUCUAUCAGUGACUAAUUAAACGUGGAAAUUCAGCAACUUUAUGGCUGGACAAUGCGUCAACCAGGAUAACAACGGAAUAUAAAAAUAUCAAGAAAUCCUUGAAGUUCUAUAAGGAUUUUCUAUUCUCGUCUUUGUUCCUUUCGUCUCUCUUAUGGCACAAAUUUCGUCGAACGAAGCUUUAGAAGAAUUCAAAAUAAAAACAGGACAAACGCACAGCAACAACGAAAAAUUGUAAGUCUAACGAAUAAAUAGUGUAAUGACUAGAAUAGGAAGAAUUGUACAAAAAGCUCAUGGAUCAAAUGGUAGAUAAUGAAAAAAUAAAUCAAAUAAUGCGUAAAGAUUAUUUCUGCACAUCAAAUUCAAAAGAUCGUCCGUAUUUUAUAACAACUUUAUACUCGAUAGAGUAUAAAUCAUUUAUAAGAAUAUAUAAAGAUAUACGGCUGUCUUUUUCAUAACUGACAAAAAGAAGCUUCACAAUGUUAAACAGCGGGCAAUCGCUACAAAACGAGAUUGACUUGUAAAAAAAAAAAAGAAACAAAAAUUGGAUUAUUUGACGAAUAUUUAAAAUAAUUACUAUAAUUAUGGAUGAGAUAAAAGUGGCGAACUUGGGCCAAGCGGCAUCAGCCGCAUGCUCGAUGGCUACAAAUUUCUUGGCGCCAGUGAAGACCGAACGGCAGAUCUACGAGAAUUCGAUGCUCGAGGACGAUCCCAAUGCCAAUUCGGUGGUAUCAACUUCACAAGAAGACAGAACCGUACCGAGAUGGGGUCCCAAUCAUAAGGGUGCUCAAGAAUUGGCAAAUCUUUAUAGCACUGGAAAAAGGACACAAGAAUGCAUUUGUGUUGGCAUCUGCAUUACACUCAUUAUAAUUAAUUCAAUAUUUAUUCUUGUCAGAUUAAGAUUAGAAAAUUUGAGCUCAAUAGUAAUAGCAGCAUUUUGUGGCAUUGUUACUGCAGAUUUUGGAUCUGGAUUAGUUCAUUGGGCUGCCGAUACAUGGGGUUCUGUAGAACUUCCAAUUCUUGGAAAGAAUUUUUUAAGACCAUUUCGAGAACAUCACAUUGAUCCAACAAGUAUAACAAGACAUGAUUUUAUAGAAACUAAUGGUGAUAAUUUCAUGGUCACAAUUCCAUUCCUUUAUAAAUUAACAUGGGAUUUCUUAACUCUCCCAGAAUCAGAGAUACAACAAAAAUUUGUGUGGACUUGUUAUUGGUUUUUACUUGCAAUUUUUGUAGCAAUGACUAAUCAGAUACAUAAAUGGUCACAUACAUAUUUUGGAUUACCUUCCUGGGUUGUUUGGUUACAAGAACAUAGAAUUAUAUUACCUAGAAAACAUCAUCGUGUACAUCAUGUUGCACCACAUGAAACUUACUUCUGCAUUACUACUGGAUGGUUAAAUUGGCCACUAGAACAACUUCGUUUUUGGUAUAUCUUAGAAAUUAUAAUCGAAAAAGCUACUGGCUGUAAACCCAGAGCAGAUGAUUUAAAAUGGGCACAAAAACGAUCUUGAGAAUUAAUAUAUUUUAUUAUUUUAUGCAUUUUUAUGGAUAAAAAGAAAAUUUAACAAGAAAUGAAAUUUUCCAUGAAUUUAUAAUUUCAUGGACUAAUAUAGAAGGAAAUUUCAAAUAGAACAUGCUAAAAGGAAAGUUAAAUCCAUAUUGUAAUUUUUUUCUUAUAUUUAGCACUACGAGGCCUUUCCUACAAAAUAGGUAGCGUAAUUAAAGACAUUUAGUAUUACUUAAACAUGCUUUUGAAGUUUACACAUCUAUAAUAUAUAUAUAUAUAUAUAUAUAUAUAUAUAUGCAAUAAUAUAAAUAUGUAUAUACAUUACAUAAAAGAAAUGUGAGUAUAAAAUCACAUUUGUGUAACUAUGAAUUACGAAUUAAUAAUUGGCCUGAUGAAUUAAGCAAUUAUACGUUUAUGCACCGCACAAUCAUUACACAAGUUAUAAGCACAAAUUUUAAGCAAAGAAAAAGAAUAUUAAUUUAAAAUUUUAUAUAAUAAUUUAUGAAGUAUUAUAAAGCUAUAAUCAAAGUACUGCAGUACAUUGUGGACAAGAAAUAUCGCGUAUUAUAUUUAAAUUUUAAAAAACUAUAAAAUAAAACUAAAUGUAAAAAUAAAAUGCAUUGAUACAUGUAUAUUAACUAUUAAUGUACAUGUAUAUAUAUAUAUGCAUAUUAUAUGUAUUUUUUGUAUACGUAAAUAUUUAUAUAUUUAUGAAUUUAAAUUUAUUGCUUAUAUUUGUCGCGUAUCUAAACAGUGUAAUUUUUAAAAAAAGAUAUAAUUUACAUUAAUUAAUAUUCUAAUUUGUACCAGCCUAAACUGCUGUUUAAGUAUAUAUCAUCAAUUUCCCUGAACCUCUGAAAAUUUUUGAAUUAUAAAUUUAAUAAAAGAAAAUUAAUUUAUAAUGAAAUAUUUUAUCGGAUAUCAAUUUAACUGCUAUUUAUUUACAAUAGAUGGAUUCUAAAAUAUUUUAACAUUUUUCCUCUUCACAAAAAACAAAAAAUUAGCUAUUGUUCAUUAAUAAAUCUAUACAUUUUUUAUAUAUUUUUAUAUGGAUCAUCAGUAAGCAUUGAGUUUAUAAUCAUUAAAAUUGGCAAUUCAAACUUAAUCUUAAUUUAAAAAAUUAGAUUAUAUUGUCACAAUCUGAGCUAAGAUUUACGUAACAGCAUUAUACAAAACAAUAUUAUAUAAAUAGAGCAGAAAAAAAUAAUAUAUUAUUUAUAAAUAAAAUCUCAUUUUUGUUUGAUAUCAUUUAAUAUCUUUAUUUAAUAAUAAUAAAUUAAAAAAUAUUCUUUUUUAUUCGUCGCAUUUCUUAGCUCAAUGACAUAAUAAUUUAAUAAAUACAAAGGUUGUAUAAGGUGCUAUGUAUAAAUAUAAGUACAAGUUUUAGGUUCAGGGACCAAUAAAAGAGCUAAUUGCUCUAUGCAGCAGUCUUCUAAAUAAUUGGUUUGAUUUGGAUAAAGUAUACUGAUUAGAAAUAUAGCAGUAUUUUUACAAAUGCUAUUAAAAUUCCUGCUUGAUUUUUAUAUAUGCCUUUUUAUUGGCUACUUUUUUCAAUGGCUUUGUAAUUUUCAGUAUACUUUAUGCAGAGCUUUACCACAAUAUAUGUUCCUUACAAGCAAAUCAUUAAUAAUGUCUUUUUAAGAAAAUAUUAAUUAGAAGACAUUAUAAUUAUUAUAAAUAUCGUAAUUGUUAUUGUUGUUGUUAUUGUUAUAAAAAAAAGUAUUAACUUUUAACAAACUUGUCAUAUAGCAAUGCGUGCCAGAACUGAAGCUUUCUUUUGAUAUAGAUCUAUUUAAUAAUUAACUAAUAACUAUACAAAGCAAAAUGAAACACAAAAAUUAUAUUUUUGGCUAAUUUAAUUUUCUAUGCAAUAUAUUGAUGUCAUUAUUAUUACUGCAAACUUUG